CUAGUCCUUCCUGUCACCUCCACCUCCCUCCAUGACCCAGCUCUGCUUACCCAGGCCCAAAGCCCUUGCUUAUCCUAUCCCAGUCCCUCCCAGAGGCCUGGGGGCUGGGGAGGGGUCGCAUAGUCCAGUGGGUCCGUGCAUGUCCCCCUGGGGCCCUAGCGUGGCCCAGCUCCGGGACAGUGUCCUAGGGCUGGGAGCACGGGGGCUGACGCUGGCUGGCCCAGCCUCGCUGCUGCUGGUCAGCUUCCUGGCCCCUGACCUGCUCCACCGGCCCGCAGGCCCCCCGCAGACACUCCUCCCGGGAGGCCGGAGUCAGGGGGCCGCACUCCUGCCUGCGGCUGCAGUCACAGGAUGACUCGGCCCCCAGGAGGCCCUGCUACUGGCACUCCUGGGCCUGGGGCUGCUCCUGGGAGCCCGAGGCGUGCCCCUGGCCUUGCUUGGCCUGGCCUUCCGCCCCCAUCCAGAAAUACACUGGCCCUGCUGCUUCCCCAGAUCGCCUUUUCCUCUGUCCUGGGUUGAGCAGGCAGGGGGGUACCCCUUUAUCUCCAGCCUGAACUGCAGGGGCCCUUUGGCCCCCCGGCAUGGGCGGCGGAUACCUGGGUCUGCGUCUGAGACAGCAAGAGAAGGCGGGGCCAAGGGACAGGGAGCCAGGGCAGGAUGUGGCAGCCACCUCUGAGCUUGUGGGUUGGGGGUGGCCAUUCUGGCUUCCUCUGUGGUUCUAGAGAAUGGGUGGCCAGAAAGACUUACAGGAGAGCAGAGUGGGCCUGGAUAUCAGUUAGCACGGUAGGAACAGGGAUCCCGAGAGGGCUUCUCACAAGAAAGCACGAGAAUUUGCGUCUGGGGGCUCACCAGACACCCCUGCCAGCCUGGACGGUCCGUGGAGGGGGAUUCAGGUGAGCCUCACAUCCUGC